AAGAGUCCAACUGAAACACGUCGACCACGGGUUUAGGUAAAGUUAAACCCCGCCUUUCUCAAGGGAAGACGAGCCCCUCGAAGGACCACCUGGUGAUUAAAACAAACGUGCACUCCCUCGGAAGCGGCACUGUUUUAGUGACAACCAAGAGAAAAAACAAACAUGUCGUCCAUGGACCUGGAAAAGUUGAAGAUGACGGGGGCAGGCCGGGCAAUAGCGGUGCUCACAAGCGGCGGGGACGCACAAGGGAUGAAUGCUGCUGUGCGAGCUGUCACCAGAAUGGGCAUUUAUGUUGGUGCCAAGGUCUAUCUGAUAUAUGAGGGAUACCAGGGGCUGGUGGACGGGGAAGAUAACAUUAAACUGGCACACUGGCAUAGUGUGACUAACAUUAUCCAGCUGGGCGGAACGAUAAUUGGCAGCGCGCGUUGCAAGGCGUUCACGACCCGCCAAGGAAGAUUGGCAGCCGCCUCCAACCUGGUCAAACGGGGCAUCACUAACCUAUGCGUGUGCGGCGGCGACGGCAGCCUCACCGGAGCCAACAUCUUCCGGGACGAGUGGAGCAGCCUGCUGGAAGAGCUCGUCCAGAGUGGGAAGAUCACAGAGGCACUGGCGAAGCAGCACAGCAAUCUCAACAUUGUGGGUUUGGUGGGAUCUAUAGACAAUGACUUCUGUGGCACCGACAUGACGAUCGGAGCUGAUUCUGCUUUGCACCGCAUCAUGGAGAUCAUUGACGCUAUCAUGACUACUGCACAAAGCCACCAGCGCACAUUUGUUUUGGAGGUCAUGGGGCGUCACUGUGGCUAUCUUGCAUUGGUGUCUGCGCUAGCAUCUGGUGCUGAUUGGCUAUUCAUUCCCGAGGCUCCACCCAAGGAUAACUGGGAGGAUCGCAUGUGUGACCGUCUUGAGGCGAGUCGUAACAAGGGGUCCAGACUGAACAUUAUAAUUGUUGCUGAAGGUGCUAUUGACAUGCACGGAAAGCCCAUCUCCUCCACAUAUCUUAAAGAUCUGGUGGUUAAGAGGUUGGGCUACGACACCCGAAUCACCGUACUCGGUCACGUCCAGCGAGGAGGAACUCCCUCAGCGUUUGACAGGAUUCUUAGCACCAAGCUAGGUGUGGAGGCGGUCGUCACCCUGAUGGAGGCGUCUCCCGACACUCCCGCCUGCGUCAUCGGACUGUCUGGCAACAAGGCUGUCCGUCUGCCUCUCAAGGAGUGUGUGGAAAUGACAAAGUUGGUGCAGACGGCCAUGAAUGAGAGGAGGUUCGAUGAGGCUGUUAAACUACGUGGAGGGAGUUUUGAAAACAACUGGAAUAUUUAUAAACUUCUUGCCUUUCAGAAGCCUGCCCAGGCCAAGAGCAACUUUUCCUUAGCCAUUCUGAACGUGGGCGCCCCAGCAGCGGGCAUGAACGCGGCUGUGAGGUCAGCCGUUCGAUUAGCCAUCGCGCACGGGCACAAGGUCUACGCCGUGCACAAUGGCUUCCAGGGCUUCGCCGACGGUGACGUGUUUGAGAUGCAGUGGCACAAUGUGGCGGGAUGGACGGGCCAAGGCGGCUCGCUGUUAGGUACAAAGAGAACCCUUCCCAGCAAACACAUGGAGAAGAUUGUGGAGAAUAUUGGCAAGUUCAACAUCUCAGCUCUGCUUGUCAUUGGAGGAUUUGAGGCCUAUAGAGGUGUGCUGGAGCUCUUCGAAGCCCGAGGUCACUACGACGAGCUUUGCAUCCCCAUGUGCGUGAUUCCCGCCACCAUUAGCAACAACGUCCCUGGAACAGACUUCAGUCUCGGGGCCGACACGGCCGUCAAUGCUGCCAUGGAGGGCUGUGACAAGAUAAAGCAGUCAGCUUCAGGGACAAAGAGGCGCGUGUUUGUAGUGGAAACAAUGGGGGGCUACUGCGGUUACCUAGCGACCAGCACCGGAAUUGCCGUGGGCGCCGACGCGGCCUACAUCUUUGAGGACCCCUUCAACAUCCACGACCUGAAGACUAAUGUGGAACAUCUCACUGAGAAAAUGAAGAAGGACAUCCAGCGGGGGCUUGUGUUGAGGAAUGAAAAAUGCCACGAGCACUACACUACGGAUUUCCUCCACAAGCUGUAUUCUGCUGAAGGGAAGGGAAUUUUUGACUGUCGGGUUAACGUGCUGGGGCAUCUCCAACAGGGAGGGGUGCCAUCUCCAUUUGACAGAAAUUAUGGAACCAAACUGGGAGUGAAGGCCAUCCAGUGGAUAAGUGAAAAGCUGACGGAAAACUACCGACAAGGUCGUGUGUUCGCCAACUCUGCUGACUCGGCGUGUGUCCUGGGCCUCCAGAGAAAGGUGGUUUCGUUCAGCCCUCUGACCCAACUCAAGGAGGUCACUGACUUUGAGCACCGCAUGCCUAAAGUCCAGUGGUGGUUCAACCUGCGGCCCAUGCAAAAAAUGUUGGCCAAGUAUCAGACCAGUUUCUGUGAGUACGUCCCAGGAGAGAUCGAACAUGUCACCCGUCGCUCGCUCAGCAUCGACUCUGGCUUCUAAGCGCACGCCGGGAUAUUCUACUUCUAUAUAUUUGUUUUUUAGCCUUCAAUACUUCCAUGACAUUUCCAUGUACCUGCUGACUUGUUUUGACAUUAAAACUGAUUUACAAGGUUUAAAGUUGAAUUUUGCAGUUUAAAAGAUUUGAAUGUAGAUUCACACUGUUCAUAUCAGAAGCGAAUACAAGUAGUCCCCGGUUUACGACGUACCUGACUUAUGUAAUUUCAACUUUACGACACCAGAGUCUUGUCUGCCCUUUUUGUCUCUAGUCGCGUAACAGUAGCCCCUUGCAGAUUGAUAUCCCACUAAAUUCCUGUGUAAUCUGACACGGGAUUUUACCCGUGUUAUGGCUUUCAAACAUGGGGAGAUGCACCCGGAAUUACCCAGGUUGGACACUUUCAGACUUGUGCCUUGUUUGCGAGUCGGUGCUCUCUGUGCUGGGACAGCAGGGGACGGGAUUUUAUAACUCUGACAUUACAUCAUUUUUGGUCGACAUCGGCAUCAAAAUAAACCAAACAUUUCCAAAUAUGGACAAUGGACUAGAGGUGUGUGAAAUUUCCGAUUCUUACAUUAUUCGCGAUUCGGCCGUGGAAUAUUCGAGAACGAUUCACGAACAUCCAAAUUCCAAUUAUUCAAUUAUACCAGGUAAAGCAGAACUAAAACACAGUCAGCACGGUCUUUGGGACGCAAUGAGGAAUGGACCGAGACAAAAACAAUAAUGCCUGACUGCGACCGACAGCUGCGUCAAACAACGCCCAGUUGCUAGUUGCUACAAACAUACGGACGAAUACGGCUAUAAUAGAUAUCACAUAUAUGUAGAACUAGAUGCAAAAUGACAGACGACGGCGGCGUUAAAACCUAUAAAGAGAACUAGACGCAAGAUGACAGAUUUGCCGUUUAGCAGUUGCAGCGUUGUAAACGGCCGCCAUCUUAAAGCAGUAGACUUCUCUAGAAAGCAAACCUAAAACCUAGCAAACCUACAUAAUGUUUUAUGUUUAAAUACUCCUAAAUCGGCAAAAUCUUGACUUGAAUCUAUCUUUAAAUGAAGAAACGGUUUUAAAACUUUGACUUUGUUGAAAGUAGACAAAAGGGAAAUUAUGGAUUAACGAUAGCAAUUCUAACAACUUUAACAGUUGAAUCACAUCAUUAAAUUGAUUGAAUGUAGUUUAAAGCUGCUGAUACAGAAUGGGGACUUGAGUAUUUUAUUUACUGUUUUUAACUGUUAACUGAAGAGGAUUUUUGAACAAUUUUGGAACUAAUGUACAACACAUUAAAAGCGCGGGGGUAAAAUCAAUAAUCGAUUUCUAAUCGAAUCGAAGCGUCUGAAUCGUAAUUGUAAUCAAAUCGUUAGGUGCCCAAAGAUUCCCACCUCUACAAUGGACUGCCUCUUCCUCAGCUCUUAAGAUCAAGUAGCAAUUUAUUUUCGUUAUGAUUCCAGUUUAAUUUGGGCAUUUACAGUUUGCCUGUGAUAAUUGCGAUGUUUCUCGCUUUACGUCUUACUGCAAAGAAAGGGAAAUGAAGAUCGGCCCGCCAUGAUAUACUGUAUAAGUCAUCAGUCUAGGUGCCGUUAGCCAGGAAUUUAACCAGCCGCUUUCAUACAUGCCGCAACCCAGUUGAUGUCCCAUGUCAGUCAACCCGGGAAAUUGCUUUCAGACAUUAGGGCUACCCGUUUAAAUCCCGGGACUUAACCGUAAUUCAACAUAUGUCUGAAAGGGGCUAGUGUCUGAUCCACCCACCUCUCAGCAUUGAUGGUAAGUACAGUAUCUGAAUUUUUACUUCAUUUUAUUAAUAUGACGUAUAAUACAUGUUUUUGUAUAGUUAUUUUGAGAUUUCGGGGUACUUAAAGGUUCAAUUCCGACUUACGCUGAAAUACGGGUUACGUCACCAGCGUAAGAACGGAGCUCGUUCGUAACCUGGGGACUACGUGUAUUCCAACAUACUUUCAUCAAAGCUAACCAUUCUAAGCUAACGUGAGGCUUAUUGUUUUUCUGACAGUUGUAUCAAAUCUGACAAAAAAACAUUUUUUCCCCAACUUGAAGAAUGCGCUUUCAUUGUAACUGCUGUUAUUUAUUAAAUGGGGCAUUCAAUACAUAAAAGGAUAAAUUACUUGGAAACACUAAAGUUCAAUACAUAUUUUCCAGGGACACUGAAUAAAAAAAUGCUAUUAAUCUGUCUGGGUCAGGUCAAAGCCUUAAUGUGCUACCAUUGAAGAUUUUUUUUUUAUUGUUAAUAGUUUACCUUAAGAUUUGGAUUAAAAAUCACAUUUCUCAAAAUUGUACUUGAAAAGUGUACUGUUGCUUCUGCAGUAGUCUGUGGUUACUGAGGUGAAGUCUUGCCAGAUUUGCCUAAGUGUGAGUACAGAAGUUACUUUGUAUUACUGCUCAACCAAUCCUGAACAGUAACCAAAAUGAUAAUAAAUAUUCUACUGAUGUAUCGCAUAACUGUGCAGUCAUUUCAAAUUAAAGUAUUGUUGACUGAACUGUGACUAUUUGUAAUUAAUGAGAGUGAAUGGGGGGUGAGGCAUUGCUAAGUUUGGGCUUGAAUAUAUUAACACUCUAGACGUCAAUGGCAGUGGCAAUGAGUUGAACAAUAUAAAAAUAUAAAUAUAUACAGUGUGUAUAUAAUAAUCAACUUUAGAGUGGUAUUGGGGGCCGUAACAGUGUAUUUCUAAUUUUAUGUAUUUGUUUAGGCUUUAAAACAAGCAACGGCAACACAGAACAUCCUUAAGUUAGUAACAUACAGCCGAAAAAAUGCAAACACUGACUACAUCAAUUUUUAAAUAGAAAGGGAAAGGGGUCACUCAUCAGUGGAGGCGAAGGGCAACUGGAAGUCAUCGCCUUGAUCCGAUUUAUUGAA